AUGACCAUCCCGAAGACCCAGAAAGCCGUCUUUUUCGAAGAGAAUGGUGAUCUCGACGUCAUUAAAUAUGACGAUAUUCCUGUCCCUGAAAUCGGAGAAGGAGAUGUGUUGAUUAAAAACAAGUAUGCUGGCUUGAAUUAUAUUGAAACGUAUUUCAGGACAGGACUAUAUCCUACGGAAAAGCCGCAUAUUUUAGGCCGUGAGGCAACAGGUGAAAUCGUGAAAGUGGGUUCUAAGGUAAACAAUUUGAAGGUUGGAGAUAAGGUUGGAUAUCUUUCGACUGCUACGUUUGCACAGUAUACGAGAUUUCCUGCAACAGGAAACAUAUUGCGUCUUCCAUCUGAUGCAACUGAUGAAAAUCUGAAACUGGUUGCAGGUGCAUUACUUCAAGGUUUGACCGCAUUGACCUUUAUUUAUGAAGCGUACAAUGUGCAGAAAGAUGACUAUAUUUUGGUCACCGCAGCAGCUGGAGGAGUUGGCCUUCUUCUUUGCCAGCUUCUUUCCAAGCUCAAGAAAGCCCAUGUUAUUGCUUAUGCAUCGACAGAUGAGAAGCUCAAGCUGGCUCAAGAAGCAGGCGCCGAAUUCUUGGUCAAUUCCUCCACCACCACUUACGAGGAGCAGGUCAAGAAGAUCCUUGACAUAACCGGCGGGAAAGGUGUCGCAGCAUCAUUUGAUUCGGUCGGACGUGAUACAGCGGACCUAUCACUAGCAGUGAUUGGAAGAAAAGGGACGUUUGUCUCUUUUGGAAACGCUUCUGGCCCAGUUCCACCUCUUCAACUCGGAAGGUUGUCUGCGAAAAAUCUGAAGGUAGUCAGACCAGUUUUGUAUGGCUACAUCACUGAGCAUGAGGAGUUUGAAAAGUAUACUAACCAGCUUUUCCAUUUGAUUGACUCAGGUGAGCUCAAAAUUUACAUAAGCAGGGUUUAUCCAUUGGAGAAGUACAUUGAUGCGGCUCGCGAAUUCGAAGGUCGCAAGACCACAGGAAAACUAGUUUUUGAGAUACCACAGUGA